UGGACGCGCGGGGCCGUGCGCUGGGAGAGCGGGAUGUGCGCGGGGAGCUCCCGGCGCCCCUCCCGCGCGGGACGGAGCCGCGGCAGCGACGCUGGAGGGGCGAAGCCUCCGUCUGGCCGCCCGCAUGGAGCUGAGCAGCGCGGAAGGGGCCUCCACCCGGUUCCUCGGCCUCACUCAGCGCUCCGUCUCUGAAGAUCUGGGUUGCAGACGCGGAGAGUUUAGCAGAAAGCAUUACGGAUCUGUGGAGCUUCUUAUAUCUAGUGAUGCUGAUGGAGCCAUUCAAAGAGCUGGACGGUUCCGUGUGGAAAAUGGCUCCUCUGGUGAGAAUAUGGACUAUGCUCCGGGUACGUGGCACAGAACGGAUGUGCAUUUGGAAAACCCAGAGUAUCAUACAAGAUGGUACUUGAAGUAUUUUUUAGGGAAAGUUCAUCAGAAUUACGUAGGUACAGAUGCAGAGAAGAACCCUUUCUUUCUGUCUGUUGUACUGUCUGAGCAAAAUAAUCAGCGCAUUCCUCAAUACCAUUCAAUACUUUGGAGAAAAACAGGUACUCAGAAAAUAUGUCUCCCUUACAGUCCCACAAAAACAUUAUCAGUGAAAUCUAUAUUAAGUGCUAUGAGUCUUGAUAAAUUUGAGAAGAGCCCAAGAGAAAUUUUUCAUCCUGAGAUACAAAAGGAUUUAUUGGUUCUUGAAGAGCAAGAGGGAUCAGUGAAUUUUAAAUUUGGAGUCCUUUAUGCUAAGGAUGGUCAGCUUACAGAUGAUGAAAUGUUCAGUAAUGAAACUGGAAGUGAAAGCUUUCAACGAUUUUUGCAUCUCUUGGGUGACACAAUUACUUUGAAAGGCUGGUCAGGCUACAGAGGAGGACUGGACACUAAAAAUGAUACAACAGGAACCUGUUCCAUCUAUACAGUUUUUCAAGGGCAUGAAAUUAUGUUCCAUGUUUCAACCAUGCUACCAUAUUCUAGAGAGAACAAGCAGCAGGUAGAAAGGAAGCGACAUAUUGGAAAUGACAUUGUCACUAUCAUAUUUCAGGAAGGUGAAGAGUCUUCUCCAGCAUUCAAGCCAUCCAUGAUUCGCUCUCAUUUUACACAUAUUUUUGCUUUAGUGAGAUAUAAUAAGCAGAAUGAUAGUUACAGGCUGAAAAUAUUUUCAGAAGAAAGCGUUCCUCUCUUUGGGCCUCCUCUUCCAUCCCCACCUGUGUUUACAAAUCACCAGGAAUUCAGGGAUUUUGUGUUGGUGAAAUUAAUAAAUGGUGAAAAAGCCACCUUGGAAACACCAACAUUUUCUCAGAAACGUCAGCGCACUCUAGACAUGCUGAUCCGCUCUUUAUACCAAGACAUGAUGCCUGACCUACACAAGGGAAAUAAUAUGCUUAAUAGAAGAUCCUUCAGCGAUGUGUUACCAGAGUCCCCAAAAUCAACACGGAAAAAAGAGGAAGCUCGACAAGCAGAGUUUGUUCGGCUUGGUCAGGCAUUGAAAUUGAAAACCACUGUGAAAGGGGAUACCACAGCUAACUUGGCAACCACAAGCUUUUGUAAAAAGGAGCCUUGGGAAUCUCAGUCUUUCUGCAGUAAUUUUCCUCAUGAGGUUGUCUGUGCAGAUUCUUGGGGCCAGUCCUUGCUGGUUUCUACAGAUGCUGGCAUCUUGUUAAUAGAUGAUGGUCAACCGUCAGUGCAAGUAUUUGAUAAAACUCUCCAAAUAAAGCAGAUGAAUGUGUUGGAAGCUCUGGAUCUUUUGAUUGCCCGAACAGACAAAGGGAAAGACUCUCGUAUCCUUGUCUUCAGACUCAGUGCUGUCCAAAAAGAUAUAGAGACUAAAAAAAUCGUAAGAAGCAAAUAUGACUGCAGAGAAAAUAAACUGGAAAGAACAAAAGGCUGCCAUUUGUAUGCCAUUAAUACUCACCACGGAAGCGAACUGAGGAUUGUUGCAGCUAUUCGGAACAAACUACUUCUCGUCACAAAGAAAUAUAAUUCGGACAACACUUCAAUCAGCACCUCUCUGCUAUCGUCUCCUGAAUCUCCAGUAGAGCAGUUCCAGUACAUCCGGGAAAUAUGCCUUUCUGACCCUCCAGUGGUUAUGACGCUGGUGGAUGGACCUACUGGAGACAGUGACAAUAUGAUCUGUGUAGCAUAUCGGCAUCAGUUUGAUUUAAUCAAUGAGAGUACGGGGGAGUCCUAUAGAUUGCAUCAUGUUGAAACAAACAGGGUUAACUUUGUUGCGGCUAUUGAUGUAUAUGAAGAUGGUGAAGCUGGUCUACUGUUGUGCUAUAACUAUGUUUGUCAGUACAGAAAGGUAUGUCCUUUCAGUGGACAUUCUCCACUUGUCCAGCCAUCAGCUUAUGACUUCCACUUCAGCUGGAAUCAAGUUCCUUAUGCUGUUGUCUGUGCUUUCCCUUAUGUUCUUGCCUUCACUACUGAUUCCAUUGAGAUCCGAUUAGCGGUGAAUGGGAACUUAGUCCACACAGCAGUUGUGCCUGAGCUUCAACUUGUAGCAUCAAGGUCGGAUAUUUAUUUUAAAGCUACUGCUGCAGUGAGUGGAUCAUGUGACAGCAGCUCUAAGGAAAUGAGUUCAAAGAGUUCUCCUCAAACACCGACAGCUUACGAAAAGCCAGAAUUACCUCUUCCUUCUCUAGAAGGUGAAGUUCCAUGCAAAAACCUGUACAAAAUACCUCUGAGCAAUCUGGUCGGGCGAAGCAUUGAACGACCUCUGAAGUCACCUUUGGCUCCCAAGGUCAUCACUACUACACCAUCGAGUGGCAUUACCUCUCUUCCAGUUUUGCACUCACUACCGUUAUCUCGUAUGGAAAUUAAAGAAAUUGCAACCAGAACACGUAAAGAAUUGCUGGGUCUCUUGGAUGAGCCUAUACCGAAGACAGAAAGUGCACAGAAGCUGAAAAAGGUUUCUCGAAGACAGUCAGACCCUAAGCAGGGAGCUGUAAGAUCAACUAGUAGUGACAGGAUAAUCUCAAACUCAUUUGAAGGCUGUUCUGAAAGACGUCAUCUUUCCACUAGUUCAGAUCCUGAUACUUCAGCAAACAGGGAGGAGAACUCACCAUCUAGCUAUCCAUUUCAGCUGAUUUCUUUAUAUGAUGAAGACAUCAUUGACUUAAAAUGAAGACACUUUUAAUACCUUUCUUCCUUACUUCACAUUUUCUUACAGCUCUGUAAGCUCUAUGGCAAUGUCACAAACACUGCUUCUGGUAGUAAAAUGUGGCUGGAAGUACUGGUGAUAAAUCCUUAUGGAAUCCAUGUUCUGGUUAGCACAGCCUGAUUUGGCAAUGCUUUUAUCUUUGACAUAGGUAUGUUCUCUCAGUUAAUGAAGCAUUACUUUUCAUGGCAUUCUAACAGUAGGUAAUCAGUGGGAGAUUUAGGCUGAAACUGAAGUAAACAAAAAGAAUUACUUGUUCUAAGCUUCUUAUAAUUUGACUUACCUAAAUGACAUGCAGCAAAGUUAAUUGCUGUUAUUACUAUCAUGAGUUGUUUUACAACAGUGUAUGUCAUGUUGGAAGAGGAAUUUUAUAACACAGAUCACUACUUCUGGUUUUUCAGUCUUUGAAAAACAAAACAACAACAACAAAAAAAGGCUUGCAGGCAAGGUCAUUUCAAACACUGGAGUCAGUCCCUAAAUUGAUGCAUCUGUGGUAUGUUCACUGAAGAAUCAGGUGAGAUAUGAAGAUGGUGUUUCCUUGGCUCAUUGUUUAGAGAAACUUGAAAACUCUUUUGGCAUAAAAAAUCCCUGAGCAGAGAACCUUUCUAUAAGGCACAAACUUGCAGAAUAUUUCUCGAAAAUUUGAAACAAAAAAAAAAACCCUAAAAAACCCACGAACAAACAAAAAAUGCGGAAACAAAAACUUAGGUCCAUCUACUGGAAAACUCUUAUUGUAGUGCAUCUGCAGAUUUUUCCAUUACAGGCAGAAGAGCCAACCCAAAUUGUCUGACUACAAAAAGAUUCUUAUGCAGACAUCAUCAUUAGCUGUUGUCUGUGCUUGCACCAACAGUAUAAGUAAUCAUUUCAGAUAGUUGUAAUUUUCUAACUGGAUGCAGACUGAAAUUUCAGUGCUAAUAAGGUAGUCUUCUGUGAUGAAACAGUGAUCUUGUCUCUUACUGUAUUAAAGGGGUUUAUAUUUCAAGUUUGAAUUUUAAUUUUUUUUAAACCCUUUCCUCUAGAACACCUUUGCAAGGAUUUUGUUUGGUUUGGGGUUUUUUCCGUGAAAGCUUUUCUAUAGAUGAUGUUUUUAGCUUUAUUAGCAAGUGUUUCUUGUUCUGAAUAUAGAAAUACUUCUGUAUCCUUGGUUUUUAUUAUAUAAUAUCACCCGUAUGUCAUGAUUUCAAUUUUGUUCAAGCAUGAUCAUCUGGAGAUGUGUGCCUUUUGCUGGCAUCUGUCUGAAUGUAAAACUGGUGAUUGCCAAGUGAUUUUUUUCUCAGUUAAUAAUAUAAUAUGGUUGAAUUGCUUCACGUAAGAAAAUAUGCAAGGUCUUACUAGGAAGUGUAAUUUCUUACUCUCAACUGGGGUGGCUAAUCAACAGAAGAAGCAAUAUUUCCAAUAAUAAUAAUUAGUCUUGGAGAUGAAGGCUGUUAUUACUUUAGUGGGUAUUGCACUCAUAGAUAUGUGGGGUGAACCUCAAUAAGCAUCUAAAAGGAAGUACCAGACUGAAGUAUUUGCAAAAACUUGUAAUUAUUCUUUUAGAAUGUUGUUUCCAGAGAUUGUGUUACUUUACCCUAUCCUUAUUUAUCUGGACAGUUAAGGUUUAAAGAAAAUCUGAAAGUACCACGCGGUACUUAUUUUCCUGGAAGUUGUAAACACUUCUGAAUCUACUUUUGGGGUCACUGCUUGCACUUACGUAUUUUUAAAAAGGAUAAGAACCAACUUUUUCCAAGAACAGCUCUCUCUAUGCAGUAUUUGAUUUCUGGUUUGUGGAUAUUUUUGAAGACUGUACCAGUGUGUUUCAAAACUGGGCCUUUAGUUAAAAUUUUAACUGGAAACUUUGCUUUACCCUGUUAGGAUACUGGAUUUUAAAUAUACUCCAGAUGUUCACCUGUGCCAUCACAGCAUGAUUUAAAAUGAUUAACCAUUGUUUGAUAGCAGUUGAAGCAAUAUAUGGAGAUUUUUAAACUUGUUUUGAAGAACCUGAGCAAACACAUCCUUAGGUAUAGCCUUAGAGAUGGAGCACUAGGGAGAAUAAGAAGAAUGAGAAGAUCAUGACAGAAAGCUUGACUACUGGCUAUGAUGGUAGUCAGAAUGCAUAUAGAUACAGCAUUUGCAUUAUAUCCUAAACAUGAUUAUAGAAGAAAGGGCUAUAAAGCAAGAGUUAUUUUCUUGAACCAGAAGUGCAGUAGUGGCUGUAAAGUAUUACCAUUAAUUAAGAGAGUGGGUGGUGGAUGGGUGGGAAUGUGUGUGUGUGUGUGAGAGAGAGAGAAAAAGACCCUUUAAAGGUUUGCCUGUAAUUAUAGUAUUGAUGACAUCUAGCAAAUGAACUGUAAGGAGUACAGAUACUGGAUUACUGAAGCACAAAACUAGAUCAUACUGGCUUCAUGGUACACACCUGGAACAGGAUAUUGGUAUCAUUUGAGGAGGGAAGCCCAGCAGCAACUGCAUCCCUGCUCACCACCUACCUGUUUUUAUGCAGUAGCUUGACUUAAUGGGUCUGGUACAAGCUGCUAAGCAAGUCACACUAGGAACUACCAGACCUUAACAGAUCAUUGCUCAUGUAGGACAGGAAGGAGCUGAAUCCUGGGGAAAAAAAAAUAACGUCUUCAUUCUUAAUGUAUCCAGUAAGUGCCUUGUUAAGUUUUUGCUUUUGUACUUAGAGUGUCAUAGAGGGAUAACAUCUAAUUAAAGAAGUAGAGAGUGAAACAACAUUUUGUUUGGGUUAGAUGACACCUGGAGUUGGUAGCUGAGGCUUUAGAGCCAUGUAUCUGUAGUUUACUACCUACUUAUUGUAGGAGAGCAGCCCAGAACAUAGGUAGGAGGCAGAGAACAUAGAAAUAAUAUUCCAAUUUUAUUUGACACAAGGCACAGGAACCAAAUUCUGUGAAGGUCUUUAUCACAUUUACUGUAUCAAAAAAACCAAUAACUGACACAAUCGUGAAAUUGCUGGUGUACACAACCUUGUACAAGGAUGCGGCUUCUUUGACGUUUUUAGUAGUCUGAACAGACCACUAUGAUUUCUGUGUCUCUUCCUGUGAGGAGAACUAGCUUCUAGCCAUUGUUUCUCUCAAAACAUCAUCCUUACUAUGUAGACGGCUAAUGAAAAUCUAGAGGCAGUUGGUGGGAUUGAUACCAAAGCUCUUGUGCAUCAUUUAUAAAGGGCACAGUUCUUACACACUUGCAGAACCCCUCCUUCUUAAGACUAGCGUAAGAUGACAAGGCUUGUUGAAAGGCUGCUGGGAUGGCUAUAGUGUCAUUCACUCCAGUGCUGGAGCCAUGUUGUUUGCCCUCUGUUUUUCCAGCCUGUGCAUGCAUAUACUCUCUAAAACUUAAAAAGUAGUCUUGGGCACAAAUUGUAGCCAUGUCCACUGUAAACAUAACCCUUUCUCCUUUCACAUUGGGUGUUAAAGCUGCCUGUAGGCUGCAUUCUUGAUGCUGGCUGACCAUCUCAUGGUUAGGAGAAAAGAUAAUCUUUGACUCUACUAUGUAAGAUGGGUAUUGUUCUGAUAGGAAAACUGAAAAAUGUUGCCAAAGAUGGAUGGGAGGAAGGAAUUGCUUUCAUGAAGGAAGAAUUGUUACCAGAUUGAACAUUUGCUAUCAGGCUAAGUUUAGGCCCUUUCUGGACCCUUGGCUAAGUUUCUGCAAGAAAUACUUUCUAUCCCAAUGUGCUGGAUUUGUAGGCAGCAGCAGAGCUCUAAACUCCUGGCUAAAUGGUGUUGGUCACCACUUCAUCCCUGUGCCUUAGUCUGACUAAAUUAUAGGAAUGUCAUUUACAUUGGUGCAAGCAUUAGAUUGUGCAGGUAGUUAAUUUAGAAUGUACUUGUGUGUUCUCACCAACAUGGUUAAUAAUGCAUGGAAUCACAAAAUAGUUGAGGGUAGAAAGGACCAUUGUGUUAUCAUCUAGUCCAGUACAUACACCUGUGCACCACAAUUCAAAAAUCUGUUCAAUAUGGAUAUGCAAGAUUUUGGGCUACUUGUCAUCUUUGUCCUGCAUUUCAAUUGCAGCAUGCAUAUAGACCAUCACCAUAACUUUGAAGUGUUAUUAGGACUUAAGAACCCCCAGACACAUGAGCUAAGUUAAUUCACACAUACACACACAAAAUAUGGAGCCCUUAAGGCUUUG